CUUUUGACAUUCAUACCCAUUUCUGAGAGCCGUUGGCCAUGGCCCGCGAUGAAGAGGAUUGGGAUGAUUGCGCCGUCGCUGGCUGCGGCGCAAGCGCAAGAGCUGCAGGCAGACCCGUGCGACGCUCACAUGGUGGAGAACUUGGGAUGGCUCCAACAGUACAUCGAGAUUGGCUUCUUCACGGACUACCGAAAUCAAGCCUGGCACUACUAUGCAACCAAUGAGACGAGCUAUGCCUUCUUGUGGCUGAACUCCAUCUCCUAUGCCAACCUGGACUUCCUUCGGGAGGCAUGUCCUGCCGCUGCGGCGCUUGCCCUUUUGCUACGAGCAGAGGAGAGGCUGCCUGCGCGGGAGGCCGACCUGCCGCUGCUGGAGCUGGCGCUGCAGGUGGAGCCUUCGGGACUUUGGCCUCUCAAGGAGGGCCUCGAGCGGCUGCGACGCUUGGUGCGACGCAUGGCCCUGCCCGAGGAAUACACCGUGGACGUGGUGAUGCCGUACUGCAACGAGCCCUUGGAUGGUUUGCUUUCCAAGAAGACGGGCUAUGAGGAGGACUGGCUUGCAGGCCCAGCUCCUUUGAGGCAUGCCAGGCUGAUCCUCUACCGUCUUACAGACUGCUUCUCUGCGCGAUACGCACUUCGGAACGAGGAAGCGCUGGAUUCCUUGCCGGAGAGCGCCAAAGUUGCCGCGCGGCUGUUUGCACAAGUGGAGGUGGUGCCGGUGGAUCAAAGCCCAAAGGCCUGGGAGUCGGCGAGAUAUUUCUUGCACAUGUACAGAAACUACGACGAUCUGGCGGACUUCACUCUGGUUCUACAUCCUGACGUCUUCGAGCAUGUGAACCCGCGCACCUUGCGCAACAUGCUGCAGUCCCUGCGCGUGGGAACCUUCCGGCUCGCCGGCAAUGGGGACACCUGGCACCAGCACCUGUCGCUGUCGCACCACUACCUGUUUAGACCCUCUCGCGCACGGUUUGCCUCUGCAAACUGCACGGAUGCGGAGCUGGGUUUCCAGGACCUUUGGCAGCAGCUCUUCAAUGAGACACCGCCCGAAGAGGAGGAGCGCAGCAACUUUGGCUUUUACUGCUGUUCCCAGUUCCUGGUUCACCGGGACUUGGUGAGGGCUCGGCAUCGUGGCUGGUACCUCCAUGCGCAGCAACAGAUCAGCUGGGAGCACUGUGCCACCAGCUACAUGGAGCUGCUGUGGCAUGGCAUUUUUCGCGGCGUUCUGCACGAGCGCAAGAGACAGGACAGGCCCGAGCUCCCUCUGUUUCUGCGAGUGGACAAUUUUCUGGAAGGCACGUCGGACGGCUUGAUCUGAUUCGGCCAGCCCAGCAAGAAGGAGAGUUUCAC